AAUCCACUGACAGCUGGAAAAAGAUGAAGCAGUUGUGUCUUUAUAUCUUGUCUUUCUCAGGACUCUUGUCUGUAGCUCUCUGUAAACAUCGUGAGUAUAUUCUGAUCAAAGAGUUAAAGACAUGGACAGACGCACAAACUUACUGCAAAAUCAAUCACUUGGACCUGGCCACCAUUCAAACUGCCGAAGAUCUGACAUGUCUACAAGAAGUAGCACUAAAGAGUACGUUCACAUUAGCCGCCUGGAUUGGACUGUACAAUGAUAUCAACAGCUGGAGAUGGUCUUAUCAGGACGAGAGUCUCAAUUUUACAAAAUGGUAUCCAGGAGAUCCUGAUAACGCUGGUACAGGAGAGGAGUGUGCUGUAUUAAGAGCUGAAGGUUAUUGGUUUGAUAGAUACUGUACCUACACAAGAGAUUUUCUAUGUUUUGAUGGAGCUGCAAUGUCCAUUGGGGUGUUGGCACACUCCACAAGCAAAGGCAACACCUCUAGGGCACUGGGGCAAGGUGCCACUCUAACAGACAUCUAUAGAGCUGCAGGUUGGGUGACACCCCGAGAGAUGAAGGGGUUGGUACCUGCAGCUAAGUUGAUGCUAUCUGCUUUAAACACCUCACCGGGAAGCAGGCUGAGGUGCUGCCGCUGGCGCAGCGGUGGUAGCAGCGGGCUGACGCAGAGGCAUGAUGUGAUGGAUCGCCUCGGCCUGCUUCUGUGUGGCCGAAAACUGCUGGACGAAGAUUUCGACUGCAUCGCCAAAGAGGCCGGCCUGGGAUAUGGGGACAGAAAGCCAUCUGUAAAAAGACUACAGAACAGCACUGUGGAAUAUCACUUAAUUAAUCAGCUAAAGAUGUGGAAGGAGGCUCAACAAUACUGCAGAGAUCAAUAUAUAGACCUGGUCACCAUUAGAAAUGAAACAGAACAGGAGCUGUUAACAAAUCUGAUGUAUUUGUCUGGAGGAGUUUGGAUCGGAUUAUUCAGGGAUUCAUGGAAGUGGUCAGAUCAGUCCAGUCUUUCUUCAUCAAACCAACUGGCUGUUGAGUCUCUGAAUGGAGCAAAUGAAAACUGUGCUACUACAAAUUUUAAUGGAAACUUUGAAGAUUGGCUUUGCUCUACAACUUUUUACUUCUAUUGCAAUACUGUGAAUAAAAAGAGGCAGAUUGUGAGGGUGCAGCUGAAGUCCAAUGUAGACAAUAUGAGUGAUGUUCAACUGAAGACACGUGUGUUACAAAAGUUACGGCAGAAUCUCUCUGAUCUGAUGGUAGAUGGUGAGCUUACACUGACGUGGAGAAAGCAGCUGAAUGGAAAAGUCUUUCAGAAGAGAAAGAGUUCACUAUAA